UAAAAAAAUUUUAAAUCGGUUUAUUCGAAAUAGUUACAUAUUUUCUAUGGUAAUUCUAUCUUUCAAAUCAAUAUUAUCUCAUACCCGAUUUUGGGUAAAAUUAAUCUUAUAUUAUUGGACUUUGUUUAUAUCAGCAUUUUCUGGUGUUGUUUUAUCGAUUAUUUUAUUUGUUUUAGGUAAAUCUACUAUCAGUCAAUGGGGCGUUGCACGUAUUUGCAAUAUGAUCUCUGCACCAGCUUUAAACAUAAAAAUACAAGUUGAAAAUGAGCACUUUAUGAAGGAUAGACCAUGUGUUUUUAUAUCUAAUCAUCAAAGUGAGCUUGAUAUUCUAUUACUUGGUCGAUUAUUUCCAAAGCACUGCAGUAUUAUUUCAAAGAAAAGUUUAAAAUAUGUUCCUUUUUUGGGCUGGUUUAUGAUUCUCAGUAAAGCAAUUUUUAUUGAUAGGGCAAAACAGAAAAAUUCUAUUAAAAUAUUUAAAGAGGUUUCUGAACAAAUCAAAGCUAACAAGCAAAGUCUUUGGAUUUUUGUUGAAGGAAUGAGAUCAAGAUUUAAAAAUCCUGAUCUUUUACCGUUUAAGAAGGGGGCUUUUCAUUUAGCGAUACAGGCUAAAGUACCCAUUGUUCCUGUAGUGAUUCAAAAUUAUUCUCAAAUUUAUCAUUUUGAAAGUCGUAUUUUUCAAUCGGGAAUAAUUAAAGUUAAAAUUCUCGACCCUAUUGUUACAACUUUUUUUUCUGAAUCUGAUGUUGACCGAAUUGUAUUAGAGACACGUAAAAAAAUGCUUCAAACUAUUAUAGAAUUGAAUUGAUCUUCUUAAGAAGUUGUAUAUAAUAGCUUGUUUUUUAUUUAUAUU